UGGAGUGGAGUGGAGUGGAGUGGCUCCCCGUGCGUUACGUGCGCAAAGGGCAUGGUCCCGAAGCACAUCCCAUCACACACACACCCGCCUCGAACCAGCAACUCACAACAAGCACCAGUCCAAAUAAAUACCCUCCAAGCCCCCCCCAUAUUCUCUUGCAUCCUCCAACCCAUUACACACUCGCUCAACUACUACACGCUCGUUCCAUCCCCACGACCUCAGCAUCUCAUCCAUCAACAAACAACUCUCAAUCCCAAAACAACCCCCAAACAAACAAAUCAAUCAAAAUGCAGUUCAAGCUCGUCUCCCUCGCUGUUGCUGCCCUCGUGGCCUCCGCUGCGGCCCAGAACGCCACCAACGGAACCAACGGAACCACCCCCGUCCCCACCCAGUCCGCUGUCCCCGACUCGGCUGCGUUCCAGAACGCCGUCUCUGGCGGUCUCUUGGGAGCUGUCAUCGCUGGAGGUCUCGCCUUGGUCUUGUAAAUCAACCUCUUCUUUUCAUAGAGUAGUGGUUUGAGCUUUGCAUGGUCUCGGUUGGUUCUGGCGAUAUGUGGCGUCUCUGUUCAUAGUCAUGUUUUGCUGGGAGUGUCCGUUUUUUCUUUUUCUUGCUUUGGGAGACAUCAGGUGUCACGACUUUGUGGCAGGAUGAUGCUUUCUGUUCUGCUGGGGGCGUAAUGAUCGGGAGAGGAUGGCGGAGGAGGAUGUCGGGGAGUGGAUUGCCCGUUUCUGCGUUACAAUAGAAGCCUUAAUUUCCAUCCGCAAA